CUCUUAGGCUCGUGGUUGCUGUCCCUUUCGUUUCCUCUAAGCCAUUUCCACGGGAAUUAUAUCUCUACAAUCAUCAACAGCCGCACACGCUUCGUUUAAGACUCAGCGAGACAGCGAGAGACAGAGCUGGGCUUUACUUUGCAUUGCUCGUCCGCUUGGGUCAUUCGAUCUGUCUCCCCCACUUCGAUUAUCUCUCUCUCUCUCUCUCUCUCUCUCUCUCUCUGUGGAUUCUUGGUACGGGAUCUGUAGGAGAUUCUGGUGAAUUUUCCGGAGAAGUUAAUUGGGUCCUUGGAAAUCCAACUGAUCGAGUUGUUUUUCGCACAAAGAUUGCGUCUUUUAGGUACUUCUAUGGAGAUCUGGCUUUCAUUUGAUAAAAGGCUUGUUUUUUAAUCAUAGAGCUUUGAGGCAUGAGUAGAUCCUGUUGAGACUGAUUUACCAUAUUGAUCCAUUGUACCGACCUGGGCUAAGAGAAGCGGGUUCCAAUGGAAUCAGAAGGAGAAAUUGGGGCAAAGGCCACAAAGAAUCUGGGUGGGCAGGUCUGCCAGAUUUGCGGUGAUAAUGUUGGGAAGACUAUAGAUGGUGAACCAUUCAUUGCCUGCGAUGUUUGCGCUUUUCCUGUAUGUAGGCCUUGCUAUGAGUAUGAGAGGAAGGAUGGGAAUCAGUCUUGCCCUCAAUGCAAAACCCGAUAUAAGAGGCAUAAAGGAAGCCCUGCAAUCAUCGGGGAUGGAGGAGAGAAUGCUGAUGCUGAUACUGAUGCUGAUGAUGGUAGUGACUUCAAUUACACUUCAGAAGAUCAAAACCAAAAGCAGAAGAUUGCUGAGCGCAUGCUGAGCUGGCAUAUGACAUAUGGACGUGGGGAGGAUGUUGGGGCUCCCACUUAUGGUAAAGAGGUUUCUCACAACCACUUCCCUCUGCUCACUAACGGAACGGAGGUUUCUGGAGAAUUGUCUGCUGCAUCACCCGAACGUCUUUCUAUGGCUUCUCCUGGAGUUGGUGGUGGAAAGUGUGUGCAUCCUCUUCCUUAUGCAUCUGAUGUUAAUCAGUCACCUAAUAUUAGGAUUGUGGAUCCAGCAAGGGAAUUUGGUUCACCAGGCUUAGGUAAUGUAGCCUGGAAAGAGAGAGUUGAUGGAUGGAAAAUGAAGCAGGAAAAGAAUGUUGUUCCAAUGAGCACUGGCCAAGCCAAUUCUGAAAGGGGGGCUGGAGAUAUUGAUGCCAGCACUGAUGUGCUUGUGGAUGACUCUUUACUGAAUGAUGAAGCUCGGCAACCUCUCUCAAGAAAGGUUUCUAUUCCAUCUUCUAGAAUAAACCCUUAUAGGAUGGUCAUUGUUCUGCGGCUCAUUAUUCUCUGCAUUUUCCUGCACUAUCGAAUCACCAAUCCUGUGCGGAAUGCCUAUGCUCUGUGGUUAAUAUCUGUGAUUUGUGAGAUUUGGUUUGCGAUAUCCUGGAUAUUGGAUCAGUUCCCUAAAUGGCUGCCUGUAAACCGUGAAACAUAUCUUGACAGGCUUUCUCUGAGAUAUGACCAAGAGGGAGAACCGUCACAGUUAGCUGCAGUUGAUAUAUUUGUCAGUACUGUUGACCCAUUGAAGGAACCUCCUCUUGUGACUGCCAAUACUGUGCUAUCCAUUCUUGCUGUUGACUACCCAGUUGAUAAGGUCUCUUGCUAUGUAUCUGAUGAUGGAGCUGCUAUGUUAACAUUUGAAGCUUUGUCUGAAACAUCAGAAUUUGCAAGGAAAUGGGUUCCUUUCUG